AUCAUUGAUCAGUCUGCAUUGCCCAGCUUUGCUCAAGUCGCCAGUUUAGAAGCGGCCAAACAGUUGUUGAAAGAGAGUAUCAUUCUGCCUUCUAAAUAUCCCGAACUGUUCAAGGCAAUGCGGCAACCAUGGAAAGGGAUCCUUCUGUUUGGUCCACCUGGUACCGGGAAAACAGAGCUAGCAAAAGCAGUUGCAAAAGAGUCAAAUGCCAAUUUCAUGUCGUUAUCUCCGAGCAACGUUCUUUCGAAGUACAUUGGAGAAAGUGAAAGGCUUCUGAAACGAAUUUUUCAAUUUGCAAAGAACCAGUCCCCGACUGUUCUGUUCUUUGAUGAGAUCGACGCCCUUGGAAUAAGUAGAAACGGAGCAGAGUCCGAUCACAGUCUACGCAGGCUCAUGGCAGAAUUGUUGCUCCAAUUCAACACUCUUACGACCGCAGAUCGAGUCAUGGUUCUAGCUGCUACAAAUCGGAUUCAAGACAUUGAUCCAGCUUUGUUACGGCGAUUCGAAAGAAAAAUUCAAAUAGGAUUGAUGAAUCAAGUAGAUAGGUUAAGGCUUUUACAUUUGAAGAUGGGCGACACGCCUAUCGCAUCAGAUGUCGAUCUGCAAUGGGUGGCACAAAGCACAGAGGGUUUCAGCGGUGCUGAAUUGGAGCUUUUGUGCCGUGAAGCCUCGAUG